UGUGUCUAUAAAGGUUUUUCAAAGCCUCCGUGCUGCAGCAAUGGCGGCUCCCAUGUCCUGGAGGAGGCUGGUGUACUCCGUGUACCCACCGGCCAUCGCAGGGGUUUUUACCCGAAUAUCUGACCGGAUCUUCCGCGCAAGAGACAGGAGAGGAGGGUCCUCGGUGCUGCUGCUGGCCCCCCUCCUGGCCGAAGCCGACCCGGCCCCCCGACGGGUCUCCAGGCCCGCGGGGUCCGCAGGAGCUCAGGGCACAGAGGGACUCUGCGGCCACUUCCGAUGGAUGGCAGAGCACGUACCUGCCUUUCGGGUGCCGGGAACCCACAUCCACAUCCUCACCUCGCCUGACCAGUUCUACCAGACUAUGAAGGCGCGCAUCAAGACCGCGAAGAGGCGGGUGGUGAUGGCCUCACUGUAUCUGGGAACGGGUCAACUGGAGCAGGAGCUGGUGGACUGCAUGGAGGACGCCCUGCAGCGCUCACAGGACAACAGCGACUCCCCCGACCUCAAGGUGUCCGUGCUGCUGGAUUACACCCGCGGCUCUAGAGGACAGAUUAACUCCAGGACCAUGCUGCUGCCGCUGCUGCAGCGCUUCACCUCUCAGAUGAGGGUCUCUCUGUACCACACCCCCGACCUGAGGGGGCUGCUGCGGCUGCUUGUCCCGCAGCGCUUCAACGAGACCAUCGGGGUCCAGCACAUCAAAGUCUACCUGUUCGACGACAGCAUCAUCAUCAGCGGGGCCAACCUGAGCGACUCGUACUUCACCAACAGACAGGACCGCUACGUGCUGCUGGAGAACUGCGGGGAGGUCGCCGACUUCUUCGCCGACCUGGUGGAGGCCGUGGGCGACGUCUCUCUGCAGCUGCAGCCCGACGACUCGGUCACAAUGCUGGAGGGCAUGGUGCACCCGUACAAAGGCAACCGGCAAGACUUCUCGACAGCGGCGAGGAAGCGUAUCAUGGAGGUGGUGAACACGGCCCAAAUGAGGCAGCAGCUGACUAACCGGCCGGAGGACUCUGAGGACGAGGGGCUGAGUGACGGGGGGCUGAGCGACGGGGGGGAGGACACCUGGGUGUUCCCUCUGGUGCAGAUGAAACCUCUGGGGAUCCAGGUGGAUGAGCAGGUCACACAGCGCCUGCUGAAAGACGCCGGGCCGAACUCAACCGUGUUCCUGACGUCGGGGUACUUCAACCUGACGCGGGCGUACAUGCGUCUGGUGCUCGGGGCCGGCGCCGGGUACCACAUCCUCACCGCCUCACCCGAGGUCAACGGCUUCUUCGGAGCCAAGGGCGUGGCCGGGGCCAUCCCAGCGGCCUACGUGCACAUCGCCAGGCAGUUCUACAACCAGGUGUGUUCUCUGGGCCAGCAGGAGAGGAUACACCUGCACGAGUACCACCGGCCAGAGUGGACCUUCCACGCCAAAGGUCUGUGGUAUUACCUCCAGGGGAAGGACCGGCCUUGCCUCACUCUAAUUGGCUCCCCUAAUUUCGGAUACCGCUCGGUUCACCGUGACCUGGAGGCCCAGAUCGCCAUAGUGACGGAGAACAAGGCGCUGCAGAGCCAGCUGCAGGAGGAGCAGGAGAGGUUGUAUCAGCGCUCCACCGAGGUGUCAAGCUCUACGUUCGAGCAGCCGGACCGUCACGUCAAGUUGUGGGUGAAAUUAGUCACUCCCCUCAUCAAGAACUUCUUCUGAGACGCCACCAGAGGGAGAAAGACUGGUUUCCUUUCGUCUUGAUGUUGAAGGUCACACCGGAGUCCGCAGAUGGGAGACAACCUCACCUUGGCUAUAACUCUCAUCAGUGUGUCCCAGGAAGUGACUUUAACAUACAUGAGAGAUGUAUGUGGUGAAUUGUAAACUUUCUUUUUGUAUCAAACUCCAGAUCCUGGUUUACCUGCACAGCUGUUACUGUUAGAUUGUUUCACCACCUGAUGUCAUCACAUUAUAGUUUUAACUGUUUUUCUACUACAACAUUUUAAAAAACUACUUCCUACCACUGCAAUGCAUUUCUUCAAGCUGCGAUAUAAAACAAUCCCUGGAGGAGCCUAAUAACCGUUAAGAGAGUUUACAGCAGUAAUCAAAGCUAAAUGUACAGUGUUUGUGAUUAUCUUUGUAAAUUAAAGGACGAUGUGGACGAGUUUUUAAAAUGA